AAACUCUCCUGCAAGUCACCAAAACGUGAUGAACACACUGGCACCACCAGCGUUUUCAGUGCUGGUAUGUCUUCGCCUUCUGCUCGCAGUUCUACCUCUUCCAGGUCAAAAUCUCCUCAAACAUGACCAUCAGCUUAGCUCUCCAUUGACCUCCUACCUUCGCUUGAACGAAGGUCUCUGGCUCCUCGAUAAUAAUAUCGACCCAUAUAUUGGAGGAGCUUUUCACCAUUCGCCUCUCCUACUCUCCUUAUUUUCAACUAUAUGGGGGCUUGGGCGCUUCUCCGCAUAUUGGCGCGCACGCCAGGGUUUAUCAUCUCAAAAGGGCACAAGGUCCGAUGUAGAAAACCUCAUCGUAAGCGUCUACUUGCUGAAUCCCUACCUCCUCCUCCCAUCACUUGCGCUAUCGACAUCCACAUUCGAAAAUGCCCUCACCCUCCUUGCUCUCAUGUUUGCAUCUGAAGGCAAAGUAUCUUCUGCUCUCCUCGCUAUCGCAUUCGCAGUUCACCUCACCCCCUCCUCUAUCCUUUUACUUCUCCCAAUUCUCAUGGUCCUCCUCUCCUCUCCUGUAUCUCACCUCGCUUCCCCGCGUCCUUUCCAUGGUAGCCUCAAGCGUAUACCGUUCCUCUUUGGUGAGUUCACACUAUACUGGCUCGUCCUUGUAGGCGCAGCAUGCACUAUUGCUGGCGGAAGCUGGAAUUGGGUCAGGGCGUCAUGGGGCGCAAGCCUCACGCUACCAGACCUCACGCCCAACCCCGGUCUUUGGUGGUACUUCUUCACCGAGAUGUUCGACCAUUUUAGACCAUUCUUCCUGAUGGUCUUUUCCGUUCACCUUGUUAUAUACAUAUUACCUAUCUGCAUAAAAUUUCAACACGAUCCCCUCUAUGCCGCGUUCCUCCUCGUAGGCGUCCUGGGGACGUUCAAAGCGUACUUAACUCUCGCAGAUCCAGGCUUGUUUCUAAGCAUGAUAUCCAUCUUUCCUGAAGUACAUGGUUACCUCCGACACCCCAUUAUUACCACACUGCUCCACCUACAUGCUGCGCUCCUCCUCCCACUUCAACAUGUGCUCUGGGUGAGCGAGGGCCGUGGGAACGCGAAUUUUUACUAUGCUGCGAGUCUUGUCAUGGGUAUGGCGAAUGGUGCAGGGCUUGUGGAUGCAUGUUGGGCGGGGAUGCGGAUUGCUGUUGGGGAUGCGAAAGUAUGGGCUGAUGAAAAGGUAGAUGGUGAGAAGGGCAAGGGGAAGGUGUGGGAGGUGGUACAACAGUGAGGAGUGAAUAAUUACUCGAGGCUGGUUGCCGUUUUGCGUGUAUAUUUUGGACCAAAUACAAAAGUAUGUAUACCCAGAU